UAAUAACAUCCGGAAUAGUUCUGGUGAUCUUGCGCUGUUUGAAUCUUGUCUUGAUAACGAAUAAUAAAAACCUGGAGGAGAGAAAGAAAACAAUCUGUUCGAACAGAAACAUCCCCAUGUACUUAUUGGCCACGCUAUUAAAUCAAGGUGGAAACGUACUAUGCAACCUGACAUCGAUACGCCUUGUAAUAGGGGCGUGGUGCCUGCUGACUCUUGUGCUUGUCAACAGCUAUAAUAGCACUCUCAUCUCAUAUGUGACAGCCACGCGCAGUGCCAAGCCGCUCGUAAAUUCAAUCGAAGAGCUUGCCCAACAUUCCGACAUCCAUGCUGUCGUUGACAGAAGCCAGGGCCCUGAUAGCCUUUUUAUGUCUGCUCAAUCUGGAUUGUUCAAGGCACUCGGCGACAAGUUACGAGCCUAUCCGCACACGAGAUGUAACUCGACGAAGGAUUGCAUUGAUAUGGUGAAGUCAUUACCGCCCCAACAUGUCUAUUUGAACGGUGAGCAGGCAUUACAGGGCGUGAUUCAACUGGAUUAUCGCAACUCGAGAAAGUGCAAGCUGAUCAUAGGUGGGGAACUACAAAAAGCCUUUUCACUUGUCUGGGCCCUUGCCAGAGGAAGUCCAUAUGUGGAAGAUUUCAAUCGAGGGACGUUGACGCUUCAGGAAUUGGGAUUUAUCUUGUCAUGGGAGAAACGAUUCAAGCCUGAUACUUGGCCUUGCCCAAGCCAAAAUGGCGGCUACAAGAUCGACAUGAAAACCCAUAUUCGACCCGUACGACUAACAUUGUCCAAUUUGACGGGAGCAUUUGCCGUUCUGUUCGUCGGUUGUUUUAUUUCCCUGCUGGCAUUUCUGACAGAAAAGAUAGCUUGACUUUUGGAUUGCGAUUAUAAUGGCAGAAUGACGGUCACCUUUUAUAAUUUAUUCGUGUACUUCAGACGAUGUGAUGAUUCUUUAUCAUUCCCUUCUUCUCCUUGAAAUUUGAAAUGAGAUAUUUAAACUGACCAAAUCUAUGGUUUUGAGGCAUUAACAGCAUUUAUAUCCAUUUCUAAGUAGAAAAAAGCAGCCGAGCUUGAUUUGGUACUUUGACCA